AUGUCCUUUGAACUGCCACAUCAGACGCUGCUGCCGUCGAUAGGCUCUGUGACGGGGGAAAUGGAAAUCCCGUUGAGUCCAGAAACCGUAGAGGAGGUGCAAGCGGAAGUGACCAACGAAAACAUUGGUGAAUCGAUUGAGAACAUCUUAGAGGCUAGCAACGAGCCGUUGCCCAAGGACGUGGGUGAGAUCAACGUGUGUGGGCAUCUCCGGUUUGACGAGGAAAUGCCCCCCGAUGAGGAGACACAGACAAAUACCAUAUUUAACGCCUUGAUGUACGAUAUCGUGGAGUUCCCCAGUAAAGGGGUUGAUGGAAGACGAGGAGGAGGAGAAGAAGAAGAAGAAGAAGAAGAAGAAGGACAUGUGUUGAAGAAACGGAACCCGCCGAAAUCUAUUGUGUUUGAUACAUGUAGCACCAACCUGGACAUCUCAAAGUUUCAGACAACUUUGCUCUCCCAGCAUCCCGAUUUCAGGUUUUCUUGUCACUCGAGGACGUUGAUGGUGGCCUUCAAUGACGACCCGGCGUCGGUGAACGCCCUGAACUGGACAGUGCAAGAAAUGUGCAAUGAUAACGACAUUGUGAUCAUCUUACACGUGGUGCCCUUGAACACCGUCAUCAAGAACGGCGUGGGCAAACACAGGGACUACUGUAACAAGCUCUUGAAGAGGAUGAGGAACCUCAAUACGAAGAAUAGACACAUCAAGUUGGUUGUGGAAAUCAGAAUAGGGGCAGUGGAGUUUACAAUUGCACGGGGGUUCCGUGACUUUGAUCCCAAUUUCCUCAUUAUGGGCACCAAGGGCUUGAAGAAGACAAAGCUAACGAGUUUCUUGAAUGACAAUACCUCCCUUACAAAGCAUUUUCUGGACAAUGGACGCAUGCCCGUCAUUGUCAUCAAUCCAGAAUAUAUACCCUCAACAGCGACAUAUACCAACAUCAACGAGAAGACCUUUGUUGAUAAGCUGAAGUCAUACAGCCCCGACAUUGAGCGUCCAGGUUCGUCACAGCGGAUCAAGUUGGAAAGGUCCUCCAGCAGUAGCUCCAUUGGAGGAGGCUCCCGGACCCCAAGAUUCUUGAGACUUACCUCACGUUCAUCUUCACGUACAAGCUUGAACUCUCUUGGAAUAGCCACGCCGGCAUCCUCUACAGACACUUCUCCAGAGAGACCCAGCAAUACCAGAACCAGCAACCGAUCCAGGGCUCUUUCCCCGUUCAGGUUUUUCCACAGACACUGA